AUGUCAUUCGAAAAAGCACUAGAUGUCGUCGUGCGGCGACAGAGCUCUCGUCAGCUCGACCCCGAUAUAGCCGACAGGGUGAUUGACGAGAUGAUGAGCUCGGCGAUUCUCUCAGUCAGCUGCGAAGAUCAGAUUCUCACCGCACCGGUGGCUCUCAGCUGCAUAGGUGCUUGCUUGGUCGCAAGCUCCUCCGAGAAGGCUGAGACCAGCAAAGUCCCUAUUAGCUGGGGCUACUGUCCAACGGCCAGAGAGUCUCAGGCGUAUAUGAGCGAUAUCAAGGAAUAUGUAGAUGAAUGUUACAGCACGUCCAAGGAGAUUGAUGACGAUUUCGCCGUUUGGCUCAGGUUUGCACAGGAGCUAAACACGGCCUGGGCUGAGCAAAAUUCUACCGUCGCCGACAGGUCUGUCGCAAGCAACUUGAAGAAGGCGACUGAAGAGUGCUGUCUCACGCAGACAGAGGAGGCCGUCAAAGUUGCUAAGAAGAUCGCUGGAGACUUGGGUAAGACACUUGACGCAGCCACCGUUACUUACACUAAGGCAUCCGAUAAUCUUCCAACUGGAUGGGAGAUCCUUAGGCAACAGGUGGUUUCGGGGCUCUCCGAGGGCCUUACCACUGCCCUAAACCAAGCUAUUCCAACUCUUGUUGACAACCUUGACCCAAUCGCCAAAGCUAAAGCUGCCGCUGGAGGAGGUCAGAGUAAGCAGCCACCAGCUGUUGAGGCCCGUGAUCCUGCAUACGCUCAGCUCGCCCGAGAUCUAUACCUGUUCGACGCGCUGUACCGAAUUCUGAACAGCCCUAGCGGGGUAGACUGGAAGAGCACUGAAGUGACGAAAGAACAACCGAAGAGUGUUAUCAGUUUCAUCCUCACCAUGCUCGACGAUUCAUUGACAAGCUUCUCUAAGUUGGAAAGCAACCGGGCGCCUAAUCGCACAGAAAAUCUUUAUGAGUCCAAGAAGGCUAGUUCGGGUUUCAGUUACCAGAAACCAGACAAGGAUGACCCUAUGGUUAAGAAGUGGCAGGAAGUCUUUGAGACUCUGUACUCCGACAUUUAUGCCUUGAACACCAAGGCCAGGCAGCUCCCAGGAAACCCUGCCAACCCAGCGGAUCAAACGGUGCAAAUCAGUGCCAAGAUGCAACAAGCCCAGCUCUUAGUCGAUACCGCAACUAAACAACUUACCACAGCGUCCGAGACUCUGAAGGUCACUACCGAAGCUUACAAGGAGGCUUCCAAGCAGCUCCUCGAGCAACACACAGUCCUGGCCAAUAUCAAGGCGGAAUUUACCAAGCUGACGAAGGAAAACAUGGCAUUGGACGAUAUCAAGGUUAUACUGGUGCAGUGCAUCAAGCUGAUCAUUAAUAUCAAGUUACAGAUUACAAACUUGGUCCGCUUCUUAAGUGCCAUCGCCACGAUAAUCGAUGUUUUCGUGAGUAAAACUAUAACCAAUUUCUUGAAGACCGUGAGCAUCGCGGUCUCCUCCGAUCCAGUCGCUCUUGAAAAUGGGAAAGUCGGCAACUACUCUCUUCUUGAUGCUGAGCAAACCAUGGUUUAUCAAGGUGCCCUGACUAUCUCUGCCUACUUCAGUCUAUUCGCCGAUGUAGGAACCAUGUGGAGAGACGUGUCGAGCGGCCACAUUUUCCCAGGCAUCUCCCUUGUUGAACGGAUCAGCGCCAGCACUAACGAGCCUGGUGAGAUGGAGAGGAAUGUCAAGAUUCUGGACGAUUGGUCAGAUAAUGCACUGUUGAGAAUCCGUGAGAUUUGCAAAGCUAAAGAAGAGGAGAUCCUCAAGGGGAUGUAUGAACGCAUCGAGGAUGUUGCAUCCACUAUUAAGCAGUUGCCUGCUGGCACUGUUCCCGGCCAGAUCCAGUCUGUUGUUGAAAAGACUGCUAAGGAAGUAGAGGAGGUCACAAUGAAGGAAAUCGAGGUUGCUGCCGAGUACAAGCCCAUCAACUGCCCCUCGUUAGUAAGUCCUCGUGCGAAGAAGCUCUGA